AUGGAUAUUCUGUCAUUAACCCGCAAAUCAAUCGAUACUGCAUCUGCUGCUCAAGGACGAAUCCAACAGAAAUACACAGAAAGAAUGAGAAGAACCUAUAUGAUUCUUCAAAAGUACAAUUCUUAUUUAGCAGACGAAGUUUUUAAUCAGAAAAAGAAGAAAAAGGACAUCUACACUCGGAGUGCUAUAAAAAUUCAAAGCUUAUAUAGAGGAUUCAGAGAUAGAAAAAUUUAUAAAGAUAAGCUGUAUGAGAAAUACUGAGAAGAAACUGAAAAAUCAAGGGCUAAGGAAUUGAAAAUGAUGGAAGAGGAAUUAAUUAUCAUGGAAAAUUAUGAGCUCGAAGAGCAAAUCAAGGAAAAGAAAUUCUUGGAAAAACAAAAAGAACUUGAAAAAAACUGGGCUGCAACUGUUAUUCAAAGAACGUGACGAAAAAAUAAAGGGCUGAUAUAUCAAAACAGCCAGUUUUCAAGUAUUCAAAUAGAGAGUGAAGAGAUUUUUACUCCUCCAAAAUCUCCUCAACAGCAGCAACCAAAAAAACAAUUAUUCCUUGAUAAGAAGCCAGAGCCACUAAACUCAUCUGGAACAAUUGAACUUCCAUGACUCCAACUUCUCAGUCCUCAUAUCCAAAAAAUCGCAAUAGCUGAGUUUAAAAUUGAGCCCGAUGAGGAAGAAGACAUAACACCUGAUAUUUUUCUUAAGCAGCACCUUCUUACUCCAGAUACGAAUUCUCUAGAAAACUCAUCAGAAGAAUCUCUAAUUCAAAACUCAAUGCUAAAAAUCAAUUUAGAAAUAGGUAAUUAUGAAAUAACUUUCAAUGAUGAAGAAAACUCAUCUUCAAGGCUUGAAUUCACAAAUACAGGGAAUUUGCAUAAUGAAUUAUUUUCGAUGACUCAGUACCAUGAAAAAAAUCCUCAUUUUUUGAGUCCUUUAGAUGAUGAUAAAAUCGCAAGAUAUUCUCCAUCAAUUUAUGAAGAUGCUAUGAUGACUGAAGGGCUGCCCAUGGUAAUUGAAAAUAUAAGAGAAGCUAUUGCAUUCCCCAGGAGCAAAUUAUUAAAGAGAAUUUCUGAUUUAGAAGAAGCAAUUAAGAGUAAUGAAUAAAUAGAUUGCAAAAAAAUCCUAAAAAGAGAAUCAAGGCUCCAAGAUGAAAUGAAAGAAAAAGUGCAGUUCAGUAAAGAUCUAGUUGAUUACUUAAACAGGAUUGUCAGCAAGAAUUAA